UGGGGGGGUUUCUCUGCGCUCGCUGCUGGUUGUACAGACACCGAGGUCAGUGUGGAGAAGGGCCCGGGUCAGAGCCGGGGCAGGUCCAGGACGCCGCGUCUGGUCUUGAGCAAGGAGGCCCCACCUGCUCAUGGGUCCUCCGGGCCCGCUUCAGUUUUCCUUCGCAAGUUAAUGGAGCCAGCCCCCUUCCCUCUGCCCCAGGAGUGCUUGAGGUCUGGUCCCAAUGCACUCCUCUCCGUGGCCUCUUUUCACCAGCUGUCCGCCUGCCGCCAUGCUGCCCCUGUGUCUAUGUCAGCUGUGCCUACGUCGGCUGCAGCCCCGCAGCCCUCCCACCCGGCUCUUCGCAGAGGCCGCCCGGCAGCGGUCUGGCCCCAGGAACUACUAUGAACUGUUAGGGGUACAUCCUGGUGCCAGCACUGAAGAAGUGAAACGAGCUUUCUUCUCCAAGUCCAAAGAGCUGCACCCUGACCGGGACCCGGGGAACCCAACCCUGCACAGCCGCUUUGUGGAGCUGAGUGAAGCGUACCAAGUGCUCAGCCGGGAGCAGAGCCGCCGUGAAUACGACUACCAGCUCCGCUCAGCACCUCCCCCGAAGUCUCCAGGAACCACAGCCCGUGCCAAGUCUGCCCACCAAGCACACAGCAGCUCCUGGACACCCCCCAAUGCAGAGUACUGGGCCCAGUUUCACCAUGUGAGGCCCCAGGGACCAGAGGCAAGGCGGCAGCAGCAGAGACACAACAAGCGGGUGCUGGGGUACUGCCUCCUGAUCAUGCUGGCAGGCAUGGGCCUGCACUACAUUGCCUUCAGGAAGCUGGAGCAGAUGCACCGCAACUUCAUGGACGAAAAGGAUCGAAUCAUCACAGCCAUCUACAAUGAAACUCGGGCCCGGGCCAGGGCCAACAGAGCCAGGCUCCAACAGGAGCGACAGCAGAGGCAGCAGCUGCAGCCACCGCUCGAGCCUCCCCCAGGCCCGGGGAUCAUGCCCCCCGGCACCAGCCCCUGAGCCUCUCACCCAGAUGGAGCCUCAUGUGUGUUCCCUCUUGGGACUCCCUGUUGCCCAAAACCUGUGCAAUAAAGUGAUUCUCUGCGCUCU